UAGUGUACGUACGGUAAAUUAUACUUAUAAUUCUCAUCUAUAUAUACAAACACAUUCUCAGUUUCUCUAUCCCAUUGGACCAAUUAUAUAUUUAUGUAUAUUCCUUCCAACUAAGUUCACAAGAUCAGAAAAAGAGAGAGAAAGAAGAUUAGCUAAUAUUUCUCCGGCGACAUAUACAGUGAGAGUGAGAGAGAAAUCAAUAUAUUUGAUCUAAUUAUUAUUAUUAUUAUUAUUACAAAAUGGGAAACAGCUUAAGGUGUUGUUUGGCUUGUGUUCUUCCAUGUGGUGCCUUAGAUUUAAUUCGUAUAGUCCAUUUAAAUGGCUACGUCGAGGAAAUUACACGUCCGGUCACCGCCGGCGAGAUUCUCAAGGCCAACCCUAAUCAUGUUAUUAGCAAACCAUGCUCUCAGGGAGUUGUUCGCCGGAUUUUGAUACUUUCUCCGGACACAGAGCUCAAAAGGGGCAGCAUAUAUUUCUUGAUCCCAUCUUCUUCCUUACCGGCCGACAAGAAAAAAUCCUCCGGCAACGCUCUCAAGAAAAUACCCACAAAAAAUAAGAUCAAAAUAAAGUCAACCACCACUACUACUGCUACUACAACCGCUGCCGCCGCCGCCGCCGGUUUCGUCGACUCCGUCGACUGUGAUCGGUACUUGUCGAGUAUUAUCUCCGAGAAGAAAUCUUCACGCCGGCAUCAUCGAAGAAGUAGCUCCCAAAUCGGAGUAUGGCGACCUCAUCUUGAAAGUAUCUCCGAAGAUUGAUUUACUUUCUUUUUACUAUUUCUUUUUUUUGCCGGCGCCGGAAUGUUGACUUUUUUUUUUACCGGUGAUUAGUAUGACCAAAAGGAUCAAUCAUGCAAUGGGGCCGGUUACUUUUUUUUUUUUUUUCUCACUUCGUUUUAAUGUUUGUGAGGUUGUUUACGGUUUUGUGGAUAAAUAUAUAUAUUUUUAUUUUUACUCUCAAA